CAUAAUUCCUAAUGUCGGUAUAUAAUGGCUUCAGCACCAGGUUACAGGAGAGCACUUACAGCAAGACGCUUUACAACUUGCUUUUCCUUUUACAAUUAAAGAUCACUAAAGACUGCAAUCAAACUCCGAUAGAACAAAACUCGUUUAAGAUUUAUUUCAAAUAAAUUAUUUCUAAAAUUGUCCAAGAUGGAAGAAAAUAAGUUCUUACCUCCGAAGUUCAGCGUUGCUUGUGAAGAUCUAGCUAAACUGUUCAAAGUAGAAGGGAUCUGAUCUAACAUUUCAACAAUGUCAAAGACAAGCUCUGAUAUCUCUCUUGUUUCUGUUCCAGGGAUGAGAGAUAACCAACCUUUGAGCCCUCAUUCCCAGGUAGAACUUCAGACAAUAAAAGAGAAACAAGAAAGAAGGAGGAAAUAAAGGUUUUACCAGUAAAAGUUCAUCAAGAAAAAACUCAAUAAUUUUCAGUCAGACAAAGCAGGGUUCCACAAAGAAGCAUUCAUGUACCCCGAUCCUGCCUGAGAGCUACACCACGUCACAGAGAGACAAAAGUGAGAAAUCUGGUGAAAAAUGGCCUAGUUUUGACAAGAGGGCCAAAGCCGGACUCUCCAGUGGUCCUCGCAAGCGUAUCUUUAAGGUAGUUAAGUCUCAUGAGAGGACUGAAAUAGCGGUUUCAGUGAAGAGAUCGAAGAAAUCUAAUAUCUUGUUCUAUGAUGAAGUGCAACCAGGCCAUAAUAAAUCAAAGCAAAGAAAACUCCCACAAAUUUAAAGGGCAUAAGUCGCAAAAUCCAAGUCCUGUAUCACAGAGGUCUAACAACUUAUCAAACUUCCCUCCCUCAAACUCAGGCAACCUCUCCACCGCACAGCACAAGAAGAUCCUUGCUCACCUCUCCUCCAAGCACGGUUUCGACCUAAACCCCACUAAGAAAUCACCACUAAAACGCAGCAACCACAGGUGUAAAUAGUGACAAGAAGACAUCCCCCAGAGGGGUCUCCAAGCACCAAGAGAGUUUUUAUAAGGGACUUCAGAGUAAAUAGUCCUAGUGAUAAGGUGAAGAAGACUAAUAAUCUUCUACAAGAUCAGGUGAAGUUAAUGUCAAUCAGUCACAAAAGAAAUAGAACCAAAUACUACAUAAAGCAGAGAAGUAAGAUGUCAACAGGCAGUUAAAAAUAGCAAUUCAUAGGUAACAUUCAAUAGACAGAAAGCGAAGUGCCAAUAACUAAAAGACUAAGCAUAAUAUAUAUUUUACUAAAAUCUAC